AUGCAUUCAGUCCUAUUUAUUAUACUUUUUAUAAGUUUAAUAACCUUGACAAUAGCAAGUGAUGUACUAGUUUUUACGGAUAGUGAUUUUGAUACUAAGGUUAAACAACAUGAUAUAUUACUCGCAGAAUUUUAUGCACCAUGGUGUGGACAUUGUAAACGACUUGCACCAGAAUAUGAAAAAGCUGCAACAAUUUUAGCAAAAGAUGAUUCACCAGUUGCAUUGGCAAAAGUUGAUUGUACGGUUGAAAAACAAACUUGUUCUAAAUUUGGUGUUGGUGGUUAUCCAACAUUAAAAAUUUUUAAAAAUGGUGAAGUUGCAGAAGAUUACAAUGGUCCACGAGAAGCUGAUGGUAUUGUUUCGACAAUGAGAGCAAAAGCUGGUCCAACAUAUCGUGUACUUGAAACAGUAGCUGAUUAUGAAAAAUUUUUAGAACAUAAUGAUCAUAGUAUUAUUGGUUAUUUUGAUAGUGAGACAAAUUCAUUAAAAGAUGAUCUUGUUAAAGUUGCUAAUCAAUUAUCAGAAAAAUUUCGUUUUGCUUAUACAACAGUAAAAGAAGUUCUUGAUAAAGCAGGACAUUCAAAUAAGAUUGUUGUUCAUCAACCUAAACGAUUACAAUCAAAAUUUGAAGAUGCUUUUUCAGUUGUUGAAGGUGUUGGUGAUAAAAUAAAAACAUAUAUUCAAGGAAAAAUUCAUGGUCUUGUCGGUCAUCGAACUUCAUCUAAUGCUGCUGAUUAUGCUAAACCAGUAGUAGUUGUCUAUUAUAAUGUUGAUUAUGUUCGUGAUACAAAGGGUACAAAUUAUGUACGUAAUCGUGUGUUAAAAGUUGCAAAAAAAUUAGCCGAUGAAGAUGUUAAUGUACGAUUUGCUAUCAGUAAUCCUGAUGAAUUUCGUCAGGAUUUAACUCAAUUUGGUAUUAGUGAUACUAAAAAAGAUGCUAAACAUGUAGUUGCUCGUGGUCCUAAAGAUGAAAAAUAUAAGAUGUCGGAAGAUUUCAGUUAUGAAGCUCUUGAAGAAUUUGCUCGUAAAGUAGCUAAAGGUGAUCUUGAACCAUAUUUAAAAUCAGAACCAAUUCCUGAACAAACUGAUGGUGUUAAAGUUCUUGUUGCAAAAAAUUUUGAUGAAAUUGUUAAUGAUAAUACUAAAGAUGUUUUAAUUGAAUUCUAUGCUCCAUGGUGUGGUCAUUGUAAAACACUUGCUCCUAAAUAUGAUGAAUUAGCUCAGACAUUGAAAGGUGAAACUAAUAUUGUCAUUGCUAAAAUGGAUGCUACUGCAAAUGAUGUUCCAAGUUCAUAUAAUGUUCGAGGUUUUCCAACACUUUAUUUUGCACCUAAAAAUGAUAAAAAUAAUCCAAAACAAUAUCAAGGUGGACGUGAAGUUGAUGACUUUAUUAAAUAUUUAGCUAAAGAAGCUACAGAACCACUUAAUGGUUAUGAACGUGAUGGAACAAAAAAGAAAGGUGCAGGUGAAGAACUUUAA